AUGUCACGCUUGCUUACUGCCCUGGCAUUGGUUGGCCUUGGUGCCAACGUGGCAAUGGGGGUUCCUUUCGACCAGGAGGAACAAAACCGGAACGCUGAGUGCGAUAAUGGUUGCUUCUUCGGCAGCUUCCCCGGAGGCUCUUGCACAAAUGAUGCUGCAUGCAUGUGCACCCAGCAAAAGUAUCGUGAGAGAUACUUCUGCUGCAUGGCCCAGAAAUGCGCUGCUUCCGUACUGCCCGAUUCUAUUCAGCGACAGACUCUGGAAUGUGAAGCGAGGAAUAUGCCCUUCACAUUUGACACAGAGGCAGUAUGCGGCAUCAAGUUGACAACAUCCACAUCCGCUGCCCCCACCGUUACAGUCACUGUUACCGGCGGAGCGGGAACUCAGUCUUCAGUGCCAUCGGCAUCUGGCAGCUCAUCUGUCCUGGUUGUCACCACAAUGGCAUCAACUCCAGUGAUAGCACCCACACUGAGCGCAGGCGUCAACACUCCAACUGCUACACCGAGCAGCGGAUCUGUUGAGCGCUUGCGGGGCUCCUUGGUUCUAGUCGCUGCAGCCGGCUGGAUGUUCUGGUAG